CUACUUUUUCAAAGUGAUUAGGAGAACGUGUUAAGAAAUUGCAUUGAAACGUCAAACAGAAGUAAAAACCAUACAAUUACACACGCAAACAUAAACGUCAUAAAAAUACUCACUAUUUCUUUGUUUGAAUCAUGCCUGUUGAAUUAUACCUGGUUUUUGUUUAUGGGACAUUGAAGAUCAAUCAGCCAAAUCACUACUGGCUCAACGAUCAUGCCAAUGGAGCAUCCCGUUUGAUUGCAAAUGGAAACACAAGCGAGAAAUAUCCCAUGGUAAUCGCCACUCGAUACAACAUUCCAUUUCUAGUGAAUCAAACGACAAUUGGGAAUUUUAUCAAUGGAGAAAUUUACGAGGUAGAUGAAAAAAUGCUCGGUAAAUUGGACGAACUCGAAGGUCAUCCGAACUAUUAUUUACGGCAACAAAUCACCAUUGACGGCAAUGAUGGGAACGAUUAUGUGUGCUGGACAUACUUUUUGAAGAAAUUUCCCAAAGAUUUUCUGAAAGAUCGUCAAUUGAUCAGUAACUACAAAGAUUUACCGGAAGCCUCUUAUGUUAAACCAUCGGAUCGGCCGAGCUCACCAAAACCCAUAGACGAUCUCGAUUAUCGCCCGUGACGACAAAUUGUUUCAUUAUCACUCAAACUU